AUGUUGGCAUCAGUAAGAUUCAUCGUCGCCUCGGCCACGGCCGCCAUUGCAUGCGUUAUUCCCGAGGAGCCACUCUCCAACAAUAUCCCUCAAGGCUUUGCAAUUCAAUUGCAGAAUGCAUCUUUCCCCGACAUCCACAAUCACUUCCUCAACAUUUGGGACUGGGGGCAGGGAGAUCAGCACCUUUUUGUGAGCCCCGCUGGCAACUCAACAAGUGAGCUGACGCUCGUCGACGGUGUCAUCACUCUGCCUUGGGACCCUCCGCGCCGCGCAUGCAUCAAUGGAGAAUAUGAGGUCAAAGAUAACACCACCAAGAUCUUCAUGACUGAUCGCACCGAUCCUCGCGCCAUCUUCAACGUCGUCUACGGCUGCAACCCGGACACAGAUGCUUUGCAAACUGAGCUGCACAUUGCUUCUCGAGGUGAUUUGGCCUACGGUGGCACAGUUGGCGUGCGGCCAUUCAAUUUUAUGUAUGACUUCCGUUGGACCCCGGAAGGAACCACAGCUUACGACCCCGAUCGCCCAUUCACAAAGGUCACUCUCGUGGUGGUACAUCCUUGA